GAUUAUGAGUAAACUUUUGAAAAUUCAAAAAGAUUGAUCGUUUAUUUUAUUUGUAAUUCGUUUAGUUUUUACAUUUAGUAUUAAGUUUACAUUAUGAUGAGUUCUCCACUACACGUAGAGGUAGUUCAACAAAGACACAGUAGUCUUAGAAAAAACGACUUAAAAGAGAUGGUGCACACUUUUCUGGCAAAUUUCACUAAUUUGAGACCUGGGACAACGUUGAGGAACAGUAACUUGGAGGAAGACGUGAAACUUCAGGAGCAUGUUCAAUCUAUAACAAUUUGUGAUGCAGAUCAUGACUGUGAUGUUGUUACCAGUGAAACGGAUCUAAUAUUUCAUAUUUACAAAUUGGACUCUUUUGGAGCUGAAACCGACACUCUUAGCGAAAAUUCUCCCGGUGAGGAAGUUGCUGUUGCGGAUGUAUGGACUCUGCCAACUGAAGAGUUUUAUGGCUUGUGGGAAAGCCUCAUAUACGACUCUAAGCUCAAGGAAAAUUUAUUGAGGUUUGUGGAGACAUCUUUUCAAUUUAGUGACCGAGGCGUCGAUCAUAACAUCGUUGGAUGGAACAGAGUAGUGCUACUGCACGGGCCCCCGGGCACGGGUAAAACUAGUUUGUGUCGUGCGCUCGCCCAGAAAGUGGCGGUGCGUCUCGCUCACAAGUUUUCUAGAGCGCGCUUGCUCGAAAUUAAUGCGCACGGCUUAUUUUCGAAAUGGUUCUCAGAGAGUGGGAAACUGGUCGCUAAACUGUUUGAACGUAUACGUGAAAUUAUUGAGGACCCCCGGGCGCUGACCUGCGUGCUAAUUGAUGAGGUAGAGUCGUUGGCGCAUGCACGCCGCGCCGCCCUCGCGGGCUUGGAGCCGUCCGACUCUAUUCGUGCAGUAAACGCGAUCUUAACUCAAUUAGAUAGAUUGAAACGACAUCCCAAUGUCUUGAUUUUGACUACAUCAAAUUUGACAGGAGCUAUAGAUGUAGCAUUUGUGGAUCGGGCGGACAUCAAGCGACUGGUGGGGCCGCCGUCGCAGCGAGCCACAUAUGAGAUUUUACGUGGCUGCUGUGAAGAGCUGAUGGCGCGCGGCCUCAUAGCUCCUAGCGAGCAACUGUUUUCACUUCAGAUGCUUGAGGCGGGAGGCUUUAUAGAAACGGAUGGGUCAAGUACCAGCCUCCGUCUCCAUAACAUAGCACAUGAAGCUGCGGCUUUAAGCAUAUCUGCACGAGCCUUACGUCGUUUACCUUUCCUUACUCUAGCAUUGCAUGUAAAGCCGACAUGCUCAAUAUCUUUGUCAACAUUCUUGGAGGGCCUGCGGGAAGCUCUCACACAACACAUCCGUGACAUGACUGAUUUUCACAAUGAUGCAGAGCAAUCAAUUGUUGCUAAUGAUCACAUUUGAGAUAAGCUUAUUGUUUUAGCUAGUCUAAGUAUUUUUGUGAUGUGAAUUAAAUAAAACCUUUUAUAAACACAACAUUUUUUAAUAAAACACUUUGUAACUA